AUGAGCUGCAAUAAAUUGUUAGAUGCGGACGUCGAUCGCAAAACUCGAGGGAAUAGGGGACGUAAGUUUGAGGUCCUCCUGCAUGUGCACAAAAUACGAAGUCUGGAACGAGAAUCAUCUUUAACCGAUCAACGUUCGUAUGAAAAAUACGUAUGCGCGUCCUGUAUAUAUGUGUUCGUGUUGAAUGCUCGCUUAACUUACGAUGCAUUAUAUUCUACGGCAAAAUAUUGGUGCCUUUCUCAGAUUGCAAUACAGAGAUUAAAGACGGAUAGCAACACAGUAUACCAAAGUUACCGGAUAAACAAGCAUUACUUUCUUGAGCGAAUGCAUCUGCAAAGAAAUAAAGUAAUGGGAGAUACGUUGAUCGUCAGAAGUCGAAAUAGAAAUCCUGCUUCAAAGACGUACUCAACAAUAGAUUUCAGGAGGUGA